CGAAAACGAACGGAGCAAACUGGGCCGGCCCACUACAGCCACAAGCGAGACAAAGACGCUCCCCCAAACCCUCGCUCGCCGGCAAACUCCGGCCGUCGCCCGAUCCCGCCGGCCGCCGCGCCCCUCGCCGGCGGCUACCACCGACCACUCUUGGCCUCGAGACGGGAGGCCAGCCCAAAGUCAGGCUGCGUCUGUCCCCCAGCCCCUGCUCCCCCUUCCGGCCCCUUCCUCCGGACCGAUCCAGCACCCCAGUCGCUCGCUCCCCAUCAAUCAAGGAGCAGGGGGCAGAGAUGGCGGCCAUGGGCGACGACCUGCGGCUGGACUUCGACAAGCUCCCCAUCAAGCGCCUCGAGGCCAUCGACGAGGCCGGCAACGAGCACUACCCGCCGGACGGCAGCAGCGAGGCACAGCGGCUGGCGGCGAUCCGCCGCAUCGACUUCUCCUGGGUCGUCGAGCGGGACGCCAAGAAGGCCAAGAAGGCGGCGGCCGAUGACGCCGCCCGCAAGGCCUGGCCAUGGCAGGGCCUCCACGAGAGCCUGCAGCUGGCGCAGCAGGAGCUCACCGUCAUCCUCGACCUCAUCUCCACGGUCGAGGCGAACGACACCGUGGCCGUGGCGGCGACCAUCUCCAAGCCCAAGCCGCUGCCGGACGAAGUCCUCGCCGACAUGGCCGUCUCCGCCGCCACCAAGCUCCAGCGCCUUCGGCAUCUGGGACGGUACUUCAAGCAAUCGGCCAAAACGAUGGGGCAGCAGUUCCAGAAGGAGGCUAGGUUCUACGGCUCAUUGAUCAGGUUGCAACAGAACUGGAAAGUUAAGAGGCAGCUUGGGAAUGCUCCAGGAAGCAACAGCUUCAUGUUUGAUGUAGUUGACACUUCUCAGUUGGACACGGCUGAGAUGCCCCGAUUGUCGUCAUUGUCUUUGGUUCCAAUCGAUCAGGACUCGUCAGGUACUUUGUCUGUACAAAUCCCACAAAAGUCAUGCCGUUUCUUGAGCCUUCAAUUUCAUGGGGACAGUGCAAGCGGCGUGGAAAGCUACACUUGCAAAACGAAAGGUGUCUCAAGCACCACUUGUUCUGCAGCUGAAGAUGAUGCCUCGGAGAAUGAUGAUGUCAAUAAGUCUGUCAAACAGGCGCAUUCCAUUCUCCGCAAUAUCCACAAGUCAAUAUUUGAGGAGCAGGUAUUUGAUAUGGUGAUCCGUGAGACAUUUGUCCAAACUCAAGGCGUCAACGUAACUGGAAUGUGUGAGGAUUUUCUCCAAUUAGCCAUUGGCCAGGAGAGUUUGUUGUGCCUUUCGCUUGCGAAUUCUGGACAGGACAGUGACUCGGAAAUGGCGGGCCAUGAAGAGCACACUAAUUCAGAGGCGAAUCUUGUGUUAGCCACCACCAAUGGGAAGCAGGAGCCUUUAAAAGCAACCCCUCAGGGUUUCUUAACCCGAAAAGUCUGGAGAUUUACCUGCUACAUAUGUUCCAUGACAACAUUCUUAAGAAAGUCAGGGAGAAAUAUCGUAAUAUUGUUCGCAACCAGAGUCCUGCUCACACUGCAGAGCCUGCAGGUUAGCAGGGUUCCGUAUCUCCAUCUGCAGUCCCUUCCUACGUGGCAUUCUCGAACUUCUUCCUGGUCUAUCUGCCUAAGAGUUCCGCAGCCUAUUUUAGCUGCUGACCGACUCACGAAGCCUUCGGACAAUGGUGAGCCUAAAUACAAAUCUUCCAGGAGACAGUUCAACACGAAGAUUGUCUUGAAGGAUGGCCAGAUAAGUUUGUUGGGCGAAGGUUCUCCGAGCAUUGCUGGAUCAUUGACCAGGAAGCCCUCAGAUGGGUAUCUGAUAAACAGUUACAGCUGUGACUUGGAGGACCUCCCUACGAUGGUUCUGCAGCAGGUGGCGAGCCAGGUGAUAAACUGGCUCCACGAGGAGGCGCAGGUCCUGGGGAUGAGUGUGACGAGGGACUUUUUAGGCCUCUACUUUGACCUGGACCACGGCGACACGACACUGGGCCUGGUGGGGCACAUCGACCCGGAUGAUGCUUAUGGGUGCGUGUCGUGGUACCUGACGGUGGACCACCUGGCGGAGGAGGACGGGAAGGCGCCGGCGACGGACGACCCGUGGGCGGAGGAGAAGUGCAGGUUCCUUGGGUACCUAUCCCUGGAGGUGCUCCACUCCACCCUCAUGGACCUCAUCAACCUGUGUGGCACCGCGCCCACCCGCUGAGAUGAUGAUAGCAGUGCUGGAUCCAUUUCUUACUGUGCGCAUUGACUGACUGAUGCUGGAUCUGGAGUUGUCAGAGGCAUAAGCUGUUGUAUUAAGGAAAGCACAUUCGACUAGUUGGUAGCAUCAGUGAGAAGGUUCCAGAAUCUAGACCUCUUUUUUGGCUACCCUAAGGAUAGUUUGUGGGCAGGUCAAUCUGUUACAAGUUGGUACUUUCUAGAGUUGAUCUUAGAUUCAGAAAACACAAGCUAGCACUGUAUUCUCAUACAAUUGAUGCCAUCUAUAUAUAAUAUAUCUGAGACUCCCUCCCUA